AUGGCUGAUCAAGAUAUUAGAGUCAAUGAGGAAGGUAUUGAAGAUAUUGAAACUUUGCUUGGAAUGGUGGUGCAUAGUGAGGAUGAAGCAUAUAAGUUGUACAAUGACUAUGCCAUUCGAAUUGGGUUCAGUGUUCGGAAAGAAAAAAUCAGAUAUGCAAAAAAAUGUUGUGUCAACCAUCAUUGGAAGAAUGUGCUUUUUGGCUGUGCAUUUUUAUUGGAUGAAACAACUGUUUCUUUUACUUGGUUGUUUGAAACAUUCUUAGAAUCAAUGGGAAAUCAAAAACCAAAGACAAUUUUUAUUGACCAAUGUCAAGCAAUGAAGAAUGCUAUAAGAGUUGUGUUUCCUGAUACAUGUCAUCGCUUGUGCUUAUGGCAUAUCUCAAAAAAUGCUGCAGAAAAUUUACCAAGGCAUUAUUGGAUUCCUGAAUUCAAGAGUAGAUUCAAUAAGAUUGUUUAUAAUUGUGAGACCGAAUCAGAGUUUGAGUCUUCUUGGGAUGCCUUACUUAGAGAUUAUAAUUUGGUGGGCAAUAAGUGGCUUAACACUUUGUAUGAAAAUCGGGAAAGGUGGUGUUCAGUUUUUAGUCAUAACAUUUUCUCUGCAAGAAUGAAAGCUUCAUCAAGGAGUGAGAGUGUAAAUAAUGUUUUUCAACAUAUGGCAUGCAAAACAAUGAGGCUAACAGAAUUUGUACACGAGUAUGAGAAAGCUUCAAAAAAUAUGUGGGUAGAAGAGUUAGAAGAAGAUUUUUGUUGCAAACAAGGUACAUCUUCUCAAAUAGUCAAGAAUUGUGGACUUUUGGAACAUGCAUUAUCUGUUUAUACCCGUACAUUUUUCAAAAGAUUUGAGUUAGAAAUUGCUUCUACCUUGGGGGUCACACACCAAGAUGUGUAUUUUGAUGGAAAGUCUUUUACCUAUGAAGUUAUCGAAGGAGGUGGUCAUAGGGUUCGUGUUGUCCAAUUUAACUCCUCAAAUAAUGUUGUGACAUGUAGUUGUAAAAUGUUUGAAACACUGGGGUUACUUUGUCGACAUGCUUUGCGAAUACUUAUUGUGAAAAAUGUCACAGAGCUGCCUAUUUAG